AUGGAGUCAAAUAAGCAGCGAAAAACUCAAAAGAGAGAAUAUUCGGAAUAUUAUAAGAAUUUGAGAAAACAGCAAAAAAAGAAGAGAAAGGUUAGAGCUAAUAUAUCAGAAGGAGAGUUAAAGCAAGACCAACCAACCACAAGAUCCAGACAUCGCUUAGCCAUAGAUCUACCCAAAGAAGCAUCAAAGAAGAGAAGACUGGGUGAUUCUGAGCAAAACUUGUCCAGGGAAAAAAGGAUGGUCUCAGCAUCUCUUCAAAAGAAUCAGGGAAAAAAAGAGAAAGAAGCCAUUCAAGGUCCAGCAGCACUAAAGGCCACUAAAGGCAUGAGUUUGAAAGAGCUUGAACCGAGACCAAGAGAAGCAAGACAUGAAGUGCAAGUUUUGCAACAAUCAGGGGAUCAUCCCGGCAUCCCACUUUUGUUUGGUGUCGUCUUGAAGAAAAAGCCCGUCAGUCUCGUGCUAAAAUACCAUGGGGAGGGUAGUGAAAGCCUCACAGUUUACAAAGCGGUGAAAAACAGUAGCGUUUCCGAGCUGAAGGAUUGGAAGAGGAUUCUUCAUGACACAGCAGUCGCGUUAGACCACAUUCAUAGGUGUGGAUUUAUGCACAAUGACCUCAAAUGCAACAACGUUGUUUUAGAGAAACGUGAGGACCAGCUUCUUCACCCCAUUAUAGUCGAUUUUGGCAAAAGUGUUGCCUUCACGAAAGCUAAAAUUGCCGUCCCAAAACCGUCGCAUUUAAAAGGCCAUUAUAAAAAUAGUUACAUUGCGCUGGAGCUUGUAGACGGAAUGAGAAAACCAUCAGUUAAAAGAGAUGUUUAUUCUUUGACUUACCUAAUUAACAAAGUUUAUGGACUUUUAAAGUUCAAGACCAUGCCCUGCAUUGAGAAGGGAAUAGGCCAUCGAUCAUAG